ACAUCACCGUACCGAAAUAAAACCCUUCCAAAAUCCUAAAACCUUCGUUUUCCGCCCUUUUCUUGUCAAAACCCCAAAUUCUGCAAUUCCCUAGAUUAAUAAAAAUGUCGAUGUCGAAGAGCUCCAAGAUGCUCCAACACAUAAACUACAGAAUGCGAGUCACAAUUCAAGACGGCCGUCAACUAGUAGGCAAAUUCAUGGCAUUCGAUCGCCACAUGAAUUUAGUCCUCGGUGACUGCGAGGAGUUUCGCAAACUUCCACCAGCCAAAGGCAAAAAGAACAACGAAGAGCGCGAAGACCGCCGGACUCUCGGCCUCGUUCUCCUCCGCGGCGAAGAAGUUAUUUCCAUGACCGUCGAAGGCCCACCUCCUCAAGAAGAGUCGCGCGCUAAGGCUGUUUCUGCUACUGCCGUUGCGGGACCCGGCAUUGGACGCGCUGCUGGCCGUGGGAUUCCUACUGCUCCUCUUAUUCAAGCUCAGCCUGGUCUUGCUGGUCCCGUCAGAGGUGUUGGUGGCCCCGCUCCUGGUAUGAUGCAGCCUCAGAUCUCGCGUCCUCCGGUCCCGCAACUUUCUGCUCCUCCUAUGAGUUAUCCACCGCCUGUUAUUAGGCCACCUGGACAGAUGGCUUUCCCUGGUCAAGGUCCUCCACCUAUGGGGCGCGGUCCACCUCUUCCUCAGUUUGGUGCUAGGCCUCCACCACCUGGUCAGGGUUUUCCCAUGCCUCCUCCUCCACAUUUCGGGCAAAGACCCAUGGGAAUGCCUCCGCAGCCACAGGGCGGUCCACCGCCUAUGAUGAGAGGACCUCCUGCUCCGCCAAGACCUGGAAUGGCACCACCUCCUCGUCCAGGGAUGCCUCCUCCACCUGGUUAUGGACCUCCUCGUCCCGGUAUGCCUCCUCCUCAUAAUCCACAACAGCAGAAUCAGCAGCAGUAAUUAUAGAUUGCAAUAGUUGAGCUUAUUUUCAGAGUUGGAGCUAUCUGGAUUCCAGUUUUGUAGCACUUUGCUUUUAUUGAUGAUGGAGAUGGGGUUGGGACCACCGGCCUAACGAAUUUGCUACUUGAUCCAUCUUUUUGGCUGGACAACUAGAUGUUGUGUUUGCAAUAGUUGAGCUUAUUUUCAGAGUUGGAGCUGUCUGGAUUCCAGUGUUGUAGCACUUUGCUUUUAUUGAUGAUGGAGAUGGAGUUGGGACCACAGGCCUAAUGAAUUUGCUACUUAAUCCAUCUUUUUGGCUGGACGACUAGAUGUUGUUUUUAAUCAUUUCUAGAUGACAACCAAGCCCAUAGUGCCAUUUAGAUAGGCUUGACCUGCGUGUAUAAUAGGCAUAUUAGUUGAUCAAACUGAGUUUGAUUUCAAGCGCUUCUGUCAAUCGUUCUUACUAGUGAAGCUUCUUCAGAUGGCUAUACUAAAUUCUUAUGUAUUUAUUUGUUCAAGGAAUUCAUUUGACUUUAUAGCUUUGUUUGAUUUUAGUGUCAAGGACUUGCUUUGCCAAUACUUAUUGGGAAUCAUCAAGUGGAUAUUUUUCUAAUAAAUACGCUUUAUUUAUUAAUA